ACCAUGCCAACAAGAUCAGAACGGUCUCGCCGCUCAUAGAAGGAAGUCGAGUCUGCUCCGGUGGACAGAUCACGCGUAGUAGAUAUAAAAUGUGAUUGCUACAGUUGAUAUCCACGAAAACUAGUAAAAGCGCACGAAAAUAGACACGCGUAUUAAUAGAAAGGUGCGUAAUCCGCGAUGAUGUCGUGUCUCGAGAAACAACAGCAGAACCAGCAGCAAGCUGGUUUAGUCGAAAAGGACGGCAUUGCGCCAGAGCUGAUCUUCGAACUUAAGUGGCGGCCCGCCGGGAAAUCGUCUAAGAGCAAAGCCGGUGAUAAAAUCAUUCAACUUGGUAUCUGGGACGCACCUAAUGACUCCUCGUCACCACUCGAUAUCACGUCCUUCAGGUGUUACCUAUGGGCUAAUGUAGGAUUAUCUGAACAAGAUUGUAUCAGUUAUGUUGACAGUGAUGGUGAUGAAGUCCCUAUAGAUUCCCAGUGUGAAUUUCUUGAGGCUCUAAAGUUUGCCAGAUCCUGUGCUAAGAAAGAUCAGAACGUUUUACUUCUAAUUGAUUCUGUCAAUCAGGAAAACGUGAGUAGCCCAAAAACUAUUGAUUGGGAAAACGGAGAAAUCAAUUGUUCCAAGUCUCAGAGGUUUUUCAAAUCUAACACCCCUCAGUUUUCUACAAAAAAUACUAUGGCUCCUAUUACUGUUAGUACCAUUACUGAAAGGGUUAGUCAGUUAACACUGGAAGAGAAAUUGAAUAAUUCCACGAUAGAGCUACCAACAUCUAUUGACACAACACCUCCACCAUGGUUUAAGAAUUACAUGGAAAUGCUUAAAACGGACAUAGUGACUGAAGUAUCAUCUAAAGUAAUGUCCAAUGUAAUGGACAUUUUGAAUAAGAGAUCUGAAGAUCCCUCUCGUUCGAAUUCCCAUUAUUCGUCUCGGUGGGAACGGCAUUCUCGUGACCCUGAAGAAAGGUUGCAUCACAGAAAAACGAAGAAAGUUACUGAAGAAGUAGAAUUGACUAAUGCUCUGCUGUCAUCCGAUCUACAGGAUGAACACCUCAUGUGGAAAGUUAAAAGGAUCGAAAAUCAAAAGAGAGCACUUCAAAUAAAAUUGGAACGUUUGGAACAGAAGACCCGGAUGAUUCUAGAGAAAAAGAAAAAGCGUUUUCGUGACGGUUCUGGGAACUCAAACAAUUUGGAGGAAGCCAGUAAGAAGUCUGAAGCCUUGGAGGAAUCAAAAAAGUCGACCCCAGUAAGGAAUCCGCAUUAUUUACCAACUGAAACAGUGAACAAUUCUAUCGAUAUCAAGACCGAGGAAUCCAUGCCAAACGUCAGUAAUAAUCAGCCUGAAGUGAAACUUCGUAUGAGCUGUUCUGUAACUGGACAUGAAAUGCUUGAUAAAUCCAAUAUAAAGUCCACGGAUUACUACAGCGAAUCAAACAGUGACAACAUUAGUAUAAUUUCUAACAUCAGCCACACUUCUGAUCAGGAUCACAACUUUGAGAUGAUCCCUAUGCCAUCCUGUAUUGUUGGCAAGACUUCCUCUAGUGUUGAUGGCGAUUCAAAGGAGAAGAUUUCCACCGGAGAUAACUGUCUGCCUCGCAAUAAUCUUAAUUUUGUUUUUUACGAUGCUGAGAGUGACAGAAAUAAUAACAUGGAUUCACCCAGCUUCGAGUUACUUUCAGAACCGGCAUCACCAGCAUUAUCGAUUCAUAUGGACGAAGAUCAUUUUCACUCAGAUGAUAAGGAAAUCGAUACGUAUGUAUUGAGUUCAAAUAUCGAAUUCAAUGGCGAGGAAUCUAUUCCUAAGAGACUAGGAUCACCAUACGAGGUCGACUUCGAGGGGAAAAUGUACAAGAAGAUCCACAACGAUUCCGACACGAGUAUCGACGUCAAUCUGGAGAAACGUCCUGGUGGCACUUAUUCCUACAUCAGCGAAACACUACCGAUCCAUAAUAUCGACCAGGAGGAACCAGCUAAGAUGUUCAAAUCAGAUUGUGUUCUGGAAAGUCACCCUAAACAGUGUGAUACAAAUUUAGAAGCCAAAUGCUGUCAUGCAAGCUAUGCUGCUAAUACUGAACAAUUCUUCAGUAAACCUAAGAAGGUCGAAAUGAAAGUAGAAACGCCCAGAAAGUCACAUCAUGAUUCCCAGGACCUAGGUAACGAGUCCACCGAGUCGGCACAGAGUUUCAGCUCUCAUACAAUCUCUAGCCCGGAAAUCAAUGCGUUCGCAUUUGCAGAAGUUCACAGUGGUUCGUCUUAUAGUACCCACAAGUACGUAUUCGUCGAUCAUAACGCCAGCAAGGGACUUGGUGAAACGUAUUCAAAGACCAACUCUGGUAAGAGUCAGGAGCCUACUAAGAACAAAAGUACGACGUCCACUAAGCAUCCUAAUGAAUAUCCCAACAAGAAUUCUUCCUGUUACUGCACCGAUCAGCCAUAUGGAGUUCGUGAAGCAACUUCUAGAAAAUCUGCUCCAGAAUUAGGUCUAGGUCCUGCAGAUCCUGUUCACAUUCUCCCAGAAACUCUAGUAACUGGAGCUGUGCACGUUGCGUCAAAGGCUUACAUCACAGCACGGAAAGUUCUUAACAAGAUUCGCACCCAAUCGAUGGAUGAAGCCCAGAAGAUGAAAAUGGGUUGGUGAUCAGCUCCAAGAACAAACUGUCUGCAGGAAGAAGAAUGAAAGAAAAACAAAAAGGAUACAAAAAAACAACAAUUUCCUGCGACAACUUGCACCCUGCCGUGAUCCUUUACUUCUGCGAACGAAUCCCAAUAAACCACGGCGAAUUCACGAAAGCUAAAUUAUUUAUGGACCGAGAGGUAAAUUAAGUAAAGUGAAGCGAAACGUUGAGGUACAUUAUUAAUAACUUAAGUAGUAUCGAACGUUAAUUUAUCCAAACUAAUUUCAUAUCCUAAUUAUAUCUUAUCUACGUGUUGCAAAAUCUCGGUAGGAGCGUUUGUAAAAUAAUAUUCUUGAAAGGCGUAAAACAAUGAGUCCUACACUGCUAUUCCCGCUCUUGCUACAUCUUCGACUAUUAUAUUUAUUCAUUUGAUUGGUAAUAUAGCACUGGAGGAUAUCUGGAUAAGUUUACAUUCAUGGUUCCCUUUUCCUUCUUUCUUGUCUUUUAUAUUAGACUUUUCAAAUGAUUGGCUGUGGUUAUACGAAAAGUAAACGCCUGAGUUCGAAUGAAUAUAUAUAUAUUUUCUAUCUCGACGUAGAAACGAAAGAUUCUCUUGUAGGAGAAACUCUAGUUUCCAAGGAGUAUCGACGGUAAUAAAUAAUAUACCGAUAUAUACCGUAGGCAUUUAAGAAUGGAUUAAAGUUCUCUCUUAGAAAAAAACUUAAUGAAAAUGAAAAAAAAGAAAAUAGAGAAGCGACAAAUGAUCAAUUCUUAAGUGGUUACUGUGCAAAUUAUAUUGUAGUCCAUAGUCUACUGCGAAUAUGUAGAAAUACACACGAUUAUCAUAGAAUUCACGACGACGAAUAACGAUAAUCGCUAUACGACGAGGUUUUGAGGUUUCAAUUUAAAGAAUAAUAAAAGAGAACAAGUGAUACUUAAAUCUCAUUGGAAAUUUUCGAAAUCUCAAGAAAAAAAAUAUAAAAAAAGGAAAAAAUAUUCACUGUCUUAACGAUCGAUCGUUUCGUAUAUUGCUAAUCAGUGUAAAUGCUUGUGUAACUAGACUAUGACACAAUACAUGGCAUUAUUAGAUACGAUUAUAAUGUCUUAUUAUUCAUAUAAUAAAUGUAUUAUGGAAAAUUUAUUAUAUAUAUAAUAAGUAUACGUAUAUAGUUGCAAAAAUACAUAACGAGACGAAUAAAAAGAUAGACGAUUUACAACGAACACGACAGAAUAAAUAUUUUAAAGUUUCCACCCUUUUGAGUUAAUUUAAAUUUAAAACAAGAAAAUUUUGUAUAAUUGACAGAACUCAAUUGACAGCAGACAUUGUAUUUGGUGCCGCAAGAAACGUGUAUCUUUUGCAUAAGAAGCUUUAAAUCCCUUAAGCGUUAUCUUUAGUAUACUUGGGGUAAUUACGAUUAAAAAAAUUAUAAAAUAGAGUCGCAAGGGGUUAAUAUACGUGCAAUUAGACACAUGUGCAACUUCAAUAACAAAGUAAGUUAAACGUGAAGUCAAUCUGUAGAAAGGCGCAGUGAUAUGCUGGAUAAAAAAUUAAAAAAAUAAAUGUUGAUAAAACAAAA